GUCGGGCCGGGCUCUUUGCUCCGACAGCGUGUGUCUGCUGGGGAGGCAGCGCGAGAGGUUUCUAACUCUCCUCUUGCAGCAAGAGCAAUGACGCCGGGAACCCCUGAGCGCAGCUGCUCACCUGGAGUUCAGCUAAUACUGGAUAGUUAUUGCUACGUGCCUGCGGUGUCUUCUUCCCUGCAGAGGGGCUGGAGAGCUGGUGCAUGCUGGAGAGCUGGUGCAUCAGCUGCUCGCUCGAUGCUUCCCCUUUAACAGCUUUCGAGCAGAGCCAAGUGGCUGCCAGGAGACAGCUCGACCCCCCUCCGCUGAGAAUAGGGCCAGUACCUCUCUGACUCACAAAGACUUUUGCUCAGUAGCUUUGGACUCCCCGCUGCCUAGCCAAAUGCUGAUCCUUGGUGGCCCCCCGUUGCCCACCUCCCAUUCGUCAGUGCACCCUCUACUGGGGGUUGGGCUGAUGGGACAUGCAGUGUGAUGCAUGUUCACAGCAGCCUUUGUUACAAGCCCUGGUGGGAAUACUCUGCCAUAUAUUGAGCAUGUUCAUUUCCUUUCAAAGUCAGCAAGGGGCAUGUUUUGAUUAUAAGGCUUUGAUGUGACCCCAGCAAAGGACAAUGAGCACCAUUAAAUCAGAGGCAGAGCUUGGAGCGCUGCCUGGGACAGUGGUUCUCCAGCUAUCUCAGUCUGCAGACCUCCCAGGACGGGAAAGUCACCUGAUGGUGGCCACCUUUACUGAGCCCUGGUCUACACUAGGAGUUGAGGUCGAAUUUAGCAGCGUUAAAUCGAUUUAACCCUGCACCUGUCCACACGACAAAGACCUUUUUUUCGACUUAAAGGGCUCUUAAAAUCGAUUUCCUUACUCCACCCCCGACAAGGGGAUUAGCGCUGAAAUCGGCCUUGCUGAGUCGAAUUUGGGGUACUGUGGACGCAAUUAGAUGGUAUUGGCCUCCAGGAGCUAUCCCAGAGUGCUCCAUUGUGACUGCUCUUGACAGGACUCUCAACUCAGAUGCACUGGCCAGGUAGACAGGAAAAGGCCCACGAACUUUUGAAUUUCAAUUUCCUGUUUGGCCGGUGUGGCAAGCUGCAGGUGACCAUGCAGAGCUCAUCAGCAGAGAUGACCAUGAUGGAGUCCCAGAAUCGCAAAAGAGCUCCAGCAUGGACUGAACCGGAGGUACGGGAUCUGAUUGCUGUUUGGGGAGAGGAAUCCGUGCUAUCAGAACUCCGUUCCAGUUUUCGAAAUGCCAAAACAUUUGUCAAAAUCUCCCAGGGCAUGAAGGACAGAGGCCAUAACUUGGACCCGAAGCAAUGCCGCUUGAAACUUAAGGAGCUGAGGCAAACCUACCAGAAAACCAGAGAGGCCAACAGCCGCUCCGGGUCCAAGCCCCAAACAUGCCGCUUCUAUGAUGAGCUGCAUGCCUUUUUAGGGGGUUCAGCCACCACUACCCCAGCCGUGUUGUUUGACUCCUUCAAUGGAGGUGGAGGCAACACGGAAGCAGGUUUUGGGGACGAGGAAGAUGAUGAUGAUGAGGUUGUAGAUAGCUCACAGCAAGCAAGUGGAGAAACCAUUUUUCUCGACAGCCAGGAACUGUUUCUCACCUGGACCUGGAGCCAGUACCUCCCAAAUCCACCCAAGGUUGCCUCCCGGACCCGCCAGGCGGAGAAGAGACCUCUGCUGCAUGUGUUUCAAGGAUCUUCUCCUUCCCAGAGGCUAGCGAAGAUUAGAAGGCGAAAAAAAUGCACUCGUGAUGAAAUGUUCUCUGAGCUCAUGCUGUCCUCCCACACUGACAGAGCACAGACGAAUGCAUGGAGGCAGACAAUGUCAGAGUGCAGGAAAGCACAGAAUGACUGGGAGGAGAGGUGGCGGGCUGAAGAGAGUAAGUGGCAGGCUGAAGAGAGGGCUGAAGCUGAAAGGUGGCGGCAGCAUGAUGAGAGGACGCAGGAUUCAAGGCUGAGGCUGCUGGAGGAUCAAACCAAUAUGUUCCAGUGUAUGAUUGAGCUGCAGGAAAGGCAGCAGGAGCACAGACCGCCGCUACAGCCCCUGUGUAACCAACCGCCCUCCUCCCCAAGUUCCAUGGCCUCCUCACCCAGACGCCCAAGAAUGCGGUGGGGAGGCCUCCGGCAACCCGGCCACUCCACCCCAGAGGAUUGCCCAAGCAACAGAAGGCUGGCAUUCAAUAAGUUUUAAAGUUUUAAACUUUUAAAGUGCUGGGUGGCCUUGUCCUUCCCUCCUCCACCACCCCUCCUGGUGCUUCUCUCCUCCACCACCCCUCCUGGGCUACCUUGGUAGUUAUCCCCCUAUUUGUGUGAUGAAUGA